UAAGUCUUGAUUAUAUUUUAUGUUGCUAAACUUAUCCUUUAGAACGUUUCCUCUUGCUUUGGAUGUUGGCUCUGGAAGAGGUUACAUAGCUCAACAUUUAACCAAGGAAACCAUUGAAAAACUUAUCCAAGUUGAUAUUUCAGAGAAUGCUUUAAAAAAUGCUGUAGACUCUGAAAUCCCUACGGUCAGUGUUGUAGCUGAUGAGGAAUUCCUUCCUUUCAAAGAAGAUACAUUUGAUCUUGUUGUUAGCAGCUUGAGUUUACAUUGGGUGAAUGACCUUCCUAGAGCUUUUAGAGAGAUUCACCAAGUCCUUAAGCCAGAUGGAGUAUUCAUUGGUGCAAUGUUUGGGGGAGACACUCUGUAUGAGCUUCGCUGCUCUUUACAGCUAGCAGAAUUGGAGAGGGAAGGGGGAUUUUCUCCUCAUGUAUCACCGUUCACUGCUGUCUCUGAUUUGGGACAUCUGCUGUCGAGAGCUGGCUUUAACACCCUGACUGUGGAUACUGAUGAAAUUCAAGUCAACUACCCAGGGUUGUUUGAGGUUAUGGAAGACUUGCAAGGUAUGGGGGAGAGUAAUUGCUCUUGGAAUAGAAAACCUCUGCUACACAGGGAGACAAUGUUGGCAGCUGCUGCAAUAUACCAAGAAAUGUAUGGAAAUAGUGAUGGCUCAGUACCUGCCACGUUUCAGAUCUACUACAUGAUUGGCUGGAAAUUCCAUGAAUCACAGGCAAGACCAGCCCAGAGAGGUUCUGCAACAGUUUCAUUUGGAGAUCUGGCAAAAAUAGAUGGACUUCUUUCAAGGGGAAAAAAAUAGUUCUUCAUCAGAAAUAAUAGUUGUCGUGGAGCUUCUAUAAAACUUCUCAUUGCAGAUAAUCUUCAUUUGUGCUUAUUUUAUGACGACAUUUUGAAAUUAUUAUAAUCUGCACGUAGAAGGGGUUUUUGGGGUUUUUACUGCCUAUGCUACAACAUCAGCUAUGUAAAAUGGUGUUCAUUUUUUGUUUCUAGAGAAAUAUUUGAGCGGUAUUGUAAGUGAAUACAUGCUCUCCCAACUUUUGAUUAAAUUACCAUUCUCAAAUGUAAUGCCUUUUCCAGCAUUUCAGUAUCACAGAGUGCUCCAGGUAUGAUUUGCAAGCCUUGAGUGUAUAUCACGCUGCAUUAUUUUUUAAUUUUUUCCUAAAGGAUGGUAGAUCAUAAUAAAGAAUAGUACUUGGUGGCAAG